UAAUUCCUCCACAUCCUCAUCAAUCAUAAAUAACUUUAUAAGAAUACAUUCGAUCCAUACAUCAGUCCAAAUAUACACUCGAGAAUACUUUCAUCUCCAUACCCAUCAUCAACAUUCAGUGUUACCAUCUGCAAUCAAAAGCCAUACAUACAAAUCCCGGUUAUCACACAUCACACAUCAUCAUCAUAAUCAGUCACCGAUCCUCGGCUCUCGUCUAAAAAAAAUAACGUUGCCUUGAGCCCUUGAGUCAUUCAUCACAGCACAGCAUUGAAGUAUAAGAUUAAUUCAAAAUGUCGAAUAUUUCCAGAAGUCCUUUUUCCUCCCAAACACCUCAAUCACAAUCACCAUUACCAUUGAGAAAGAAGAUGUCUAUUACUCAAACCUACUACCUCGCCCACACGGCUCGAGGCAAGCUUUCUUCGGAAGCUUCCCGAGCAGAUCACAACCUUCGUCUUCUUGUCGGUCAUGCAAACCUUCUCGAUUCAUUGAUGCUUGAACUUGCCGAAGCUGAACAAGAACAAGAGAGCUGGUUCAACCAAUCCGUCCGAAAAGCCACUGCCACCAAGCAAGAAGAUCCAAGACACAUCCAAUGGGCCGAUAACGUUGUCGAAGAACCCGAGGAGGAUUGGGAAACAUCCGACCUUGACAACGACUCCUCUUCAGAUGAAGACAGUGAAUACGAUUCAGAUGAAGAAAUGGAUGCGCCAUCCAUGACUUCGUUAACGCGAGUACCAUCACACACCAUGAAUGUCCCAAUCAAAGUCUCAUCACGAGAAGUCGAAGAGGAUUUCGAAGAUGACGGUGAGGAAGAUUUCUCAGGUCUUCAACUUCACCUCGCCAAAUCACAUUCCGCAUCUCAUCCCCCAGAACUCGACCACGAUUCCGAUUCUUCAGAAGAUGAAUCAAUGCCACCAUCUCCACCAUCCGAUGCCCUCCCCAGUUUCUCGGAUAAACAGCAAAUCGCUACCACCUCCUAUUACAGCAAAUCCACUCCAUCCUCAUCGAUACCACCAUCCGAACAACAAACCUUCUUCGACGAAGGUUUUUAUUUACCUCCUCGACAAUCACCAAGUUUAAUAAGCGCCAUUAGCGUUUAUUAAAUCUUCUCCUUUCGGGGAUUGUUUUACGAGUUUCGGAUUGUAUAUUAUUAAACAUAUAAUGGGUAUUGGAAUUGAGCGAUAAUAUCACGAGCGGACAUUGGAGUUUUGGGCAUGGCAUGGCAUUUGAUGGGGGCAUGAUACACAAAUACCACACGGUUUACCUUUCUUACUUGAUAUUUAUUUGCUUUACGGGGUUUUUUGAUUUUACGAUGGGAUAAGAUGGGAUGGAAUGGAGGGAUGAAUGGAAGGGAGAUUCAGAGACUCAGAAUGGAUACUCACACCACUCAUGCGGGAACAUUGGGAGUUGAAGGGAGAAAUUCAUAUUUGGAAUUUAUUUUUGAGAGAGCAUCAGGAGGAAGACAGAGGGGAGGGAUAAUUUGGCUUAUCGGAUAUGCGAUAAGGAUUGCCGAUCAGGGUUUUGGCAUGGCGGUUGAAUGGAUCGAUGGAUCGAUGAAUCAAUGGAUCAAUGGAUCAAUGGAUGGAUUAGAUAACUCCCAACUUUUUUUGGUUGAGCUGUCUAGGAAUUUUAGGUAGUAUAGCAUAGCAUAGU